CCCUGUUUUUCCGCUGCAGCAGACCGGAUUACAAAGGCACCAUUUUCAAGUGCAGACUCUCAUACUUGCAACACAAAGAGCUGAGCUGCUCAAGAAACCCGCAAAGGCCUCUCUAUCAGCAAAAGACGCCUUCUAGGGUCUCCACUACCUCAGUCUUGAUGGGGGAUGUUGUUCAAUCGGUUGCUGCGACGACAGGGACAGUACUAGAAGACUCAACUCAAAGAAGAAAUCACCCCGCUGGCCAUAAUUGAAGCCAGAGAGGAAGCUACCCCACAGUUCCAACCGCCAGCUGAAAUCCCAAAUUAUCAGAUGGAAUCCGUCGAUUUACCGAUUCUAGAUGGAGCUCCUGUUGAUGGAAAUCUUAUGAUGAUUGGAAAUAUGGGAAGUGGCAUGGCUGAAGAUGAUGCUGUAGAAAUAGAGAGGAUUUCACACCAUGUUGAUGAUAUGAUUGCAAAGGUUGAUGAGCUUGAGCAAAGAGUAAAUGAAGUUGAACAGUUCUACUUAACUUUGAGUAAGAAGCAGCCAAACAAUUCAAAAGGUAGCUCAGUUGUGAAGGAAAAAGACGAAGAAAAACAUAUUUCUAGCAUCAAGAAGCAGCAACAAGAUGCAACGCGAAGGGAAGCGGCUAGUGCAAAGAGGAUGCAAGAACUCAUGCGCCAAUUUGCCACAAUAUUGCGCCAGAUCACACAACACAAAUGGGCAUGGCCUUUUAUGGAACCUGUGGAUGUUGAAGGUCUUGGUUUACAUGACUACUAUGAGGUUAUUGACAAGCCCAUGGAUUUUAGCACAAUAAGGAAUCAAAUGGAAGCUAAGGAUGGUUCUGGAUACAAGAAUGUCCGAGAAAUAUGUACUGAUGUGAGGUUGGUUUUCAAGAAUGCAAUGACAUAUAACGAUGAAAGAAGUGAUGUUCAUGUGAUGGCAAAAACCUUGCUGGCAAAAUUUGAGGAGAAGUGGCUUCAACUUUUGCCCAAAGUCAUUGAAGAGGAAACAAGACUUAAGGAGGAGGAAGCUGAGGCCCAACGUGAUAUGCAACUUGCUCAGGAGGCUGCUAAUGCAAAAAUGGCUAGGGAUAUAAGUAGUGAGCUUUGUGAGGUUGAUAUGCAUUUGGAGGAACUGAGAGAAAUGGUGGUCCAAAAGUGCAGGAAAAUGUCAACAGAAGAGAAAAGAAAACUUGGUGCAGGCCUCAGCCAGUUGUCUCCUGAAGAUCUGAAUAAAGCAUUGGAGAUAAUUGCUCAGAAGAACCCAAGCUUCCAAGCCACAGCUGAAGAGGUUGAUCUGGACAUGGAUGCGCAGAGUGAAUCCACAUUAUGGAGGUUGAAGUUUUUUGUGAGGGAAGCUUUAGAAGGCAGCGGCAAGAGUUCUGUUAGCAGGGGUGGCAAUGACAACUCCAACUCCAAGCGAAAGAAAGAAAUUUGUGAUGCUCUUGCCAAGACUGCAAAGAAACGGAGUAAAAAGCUAUCUUCCUGAUGUAUUAUAUCGUCAUAUUAUAAGUUUGUCUCUUUCAUAUGUUCACCUGCGGUGGCUACAUGUCAGCAUCUCGUCCAAUGUUUAUAUAGAUACAACUUUAUUAAUAAAAUAAAAUUCUUAUAAAUACAGCUGUUUAGAUCAACAUUUUUUGACAAGUUAAUUUGUUUUGUUGGAGAUAAGUUCAUCUUACUUAUUUAACAGAGUUGUCAGACCCGGAUAGGAUUAGAUGGUCUAA